AUGAAGUUAUCUGUACUUGCUCUCGCUACGGUCGCUUCGGCCCUGCAGACUUUGCCUCCAGUUGAAUGGGGUCACCAGGACUCAUAUUCAGGCACCACCCACGGAUUUUCUCUUAAAAGAAUCGACCAUAUCAUCUAUCUCCAGGAUGAUUUUGCUCAGUGGCGGGAUCAGGAUGGCCUUACUUUGAUUCCACCGUCGGCGUUGGACUUUGCCCGCACCCUUUCUGAGGAUCUUGAGGAGAUCACCAACUCUUCGUGGCAAAUCCGAACGGUCAAGCAGCCUCCAAAGCAUACAUCGGGGGUUUUUCUUAGUCGUACGAAGACUCCUGCUCAUUUCACGUAUGAAGAUGGCACAACGACCGAGGAAGGCUAUGAAUUGAUCGUCGAAAACAACCGCGUGUCGAUCCAGGGAUCGGGCGCGCGAGGAAUGUGGUGGGGAACACGAACAUUGCUACAAGAAGUCGCGUUAAACCCUCAUGCCUCUAUUCCAGUGGGCCACGUAAAGGACGCCCCAGCCUAUGCGACGCGAGGAUUCAUGCUGGAUGCAGGGCGCAAAUGGUACUCGUUGGACUAUCUCAAGGAGCUCUGCACCUACGCCUCUUUUUUCAAGCUCUCCGAAUUCCACUAUCAUGCGACCGACAACUAUCCUCUCAGUCGGGGUCCAAAUGUCUCAUGGAAUGAAGUCUAUUCGCAAUUUGCGCUGCGACCGGAAAAUCCUAGUCUUCUCCCUCUUGUACAAAGAGAGAAUGAAACUUUGUCGCGUGCCGAGUUCGAUGACUUUCAAAGCCACUGUGCUGCUCGGGGAGUGACGGUGAUCCCGGAGAUUGAAAGCCCUGGUCAUUGUCUUUCCAUCACUAAAUGGAGGCCAGAUCUGGCCUUAGAGUCACGCGAUCUUCUGAAUCUUUCUCAUCCAGAUACAGUGCCCCUUGUGAAAUCUAUAUGGUCGGAGUUCCUGCCUUGGUUCCACACGAAGGAGGUGCACAUCGGGGCUGAUGAGUAUGAUUCGACCUUGGCCAACGACUACAUCACAUUUGUGAAUGAAUUAUCUCAGUUCAUCCGCCAAACUUCUGGGAAGGGGAUUCGCAUCUGGGGGACUUACGAGCCAUCAGAUACCCAGUCGGUCGACAAAAACAUCACCAUCCAGCAUUGGCAGUAUGGGCAAUCAGAUCCAGUGGUACUCGCCCAGGACGGCUAUCAAAUCAUCAAUUCCGAGGAUUGGUGGGCCUACAUGUCUCUGAAGAACAAUCACGUUCCUAUUACCCCAGCUCCUUAUCCACAGUUCUUCAAUAAUGCUCGAGUGUUGAAUUUCGCCGACAAAGAGGGGUGGCAGUGGACUCCACAACUGUUCAACCCGGUCAAUAUCACAGAACAACCAGAGCAGAAGGCGGUGCGUGGAGCAAUCCUUGCUGCGUGGAAUGACAAUGGACCGGAUGCGACUACUCAGUUGGAGGCAUACUACGCGAUUCGCAAUGGGAUUCCCGUCGUUGCGUCUCGCACCUGGACUGGCAGCCGAGGACCACUACUAGAUGAAGUAGGCCUCGAAGACACAAUCGAGAUCCUGACUUCCAACGUGGUAGGGGAGAACCUUGACCGACAAAUCUCAAAGAAGAAAGAGUCAACGGGUCCUUUAAUCUCCUGGUCCAAGCCGCACUCAGAUCACCCACAGGACCAAUUUCCUCUGGGAUAUGGCAGCAAAGGGAUGAACUAUACUUUGGAGCUUAGUGUUGUGGGUCCGUUCUCGCUUGAAUCGAACGACACAGUUCUCUCCCUGUCUGAGAGUGGCCAAUUGACCUUUACUACCGAUGGCUGGCCGUAUCCGCUUCGCUCUGUUGCCGAGGAGGAUGGGUUUGAUCCAGCUGCCAUUGGAAGGAUUUGGGUCAACGCUACCAGCUCAACGCAUGAAGUUGUCCAUGUACCCAAAAAAUGCGGGAUCACCAUCAUGUCUGACACAUUGACUGGGAGUCGAGUGUGGGUGAAUGAUCAAUUUGUGGGGCGAUUUGAGGUGUUUGUGUACGGUGGGAAGAAUCGUGUGUUCUCAUGGAGCCAGAUGGCGUUUGUGGCACCACUGGCAGUUAUCAAAGGAACGGGACUUGAAAACGUACUAUUAUACUGA